UAACCGGAUGUUAGCUUGACUAGCUUAGCCCUAACAGAAAACCGUUUUAAAGAUGGUGUAAAAUGAGUGUGUGACUGGUGUUUUCGAUUAGGCACUUGAUAUUUUUCGUGAAAAUGUCGCUGUUGUGCAUUUCUUUUUCAGUCGCUGAGAUUACCUCCGGCGGAGGUUUUCUGCACGGAAUGUAAUUAGCUCUGAUUAGCAACCGGAAUUGACUAUUAGACUCUGUGGAGCAAAAGCAGAGACUUUCUGAGGUUGAAGCGUUUAAAAGUUUGUGGUUAUUGCUACAGGACAAAUCCACACUCUUAAGUUUUGCGAGGCUGUGAGUGGAACACCAGAUCAUGUGUGGACACUUCCAGACCGAGAGACUGGAGACAGAGUGGACCCAGAACAUCUGCCCAAGAUGCUGAUUUGUGUCCAUACAGCAGAGAAAAACAAUAUGCAGGUCACAUGACUGAAACCUUGAUCUUCUAGAACAUGUGAAGGUUGAAGACAAGAAUCGUGAAAGCCGAGCAAGAAUGUCUGCAUUGAUGAACGUUGAAGCAGGCAAACCCAGAGAGCUCAGUUUGGAGGCCUCAAUACCUGAAGCAUCCAAUUCAGAACUGGAGCAGACUCAAGACAGCAAAGAUGUCAGCCAUCAGAUGUUGGUGAUUAAAGUGGUUCCCCAUGACUGGAGCCCCAGUUUGGACCAGCAGGACCCAGAAAUCCCCCACAUAAAGGAGGAAGAUGAGGAACAAUGGAUCAGUCAGGAGGAAGAUCAGCACACUGCAAAGGGUGAAGAUGAAGAGAAAACUCCAUUAUCAAAGCCUCAUCAGAUCAAAACUGAAGACCACAGAGAUACUGAAGAUUCAACCAGCAACUCAGGUGAACAGAUGGAAACAGAAACUGAAGAAGAGGACUGUGUCAGACCAGAACCAGACGGGAACACAAGUCCAACAUGUUCUUUUCGACAAACUGAGGUGACAGUUAAGGGGAAAAGAAAAACACUUGAUCUUCAUUCCAAAUUCAUAGCUCCUACCGGAGGAAGCCCAUUUCAUUGCAAUUUUUGUGGUAAAAGAUUCAAACGUAAGACUAAUGUUAAAUUACACAUGAUGAUCCACACAGGCAAUAAAGAGCAUAGCUGUAAUGUCUGUGGGAAAGGAUUUAAAGAAAAACAUUAUCUUCAGACACACAUGAGACUCCACACUGGAGAGAAACCUUUUGCCUGUGACCAAUGUGAUAAAAGGUUUCAUGCAAAGACAAGUCUUAAAACUCACCUGAAGGUUCAUUCAGGGGAAAAACCUUUUCCAUGUGACAUUUGUGGUACGAGAUUUAAAAUGAAGGGAACUCUUAAAAACCACAUGAUGAUUCACACAGCAGAGAAACCAUUUGUGUGUACCGUGUGCAGUAAAGGAUUUUCACUUCAAGUUCACUUAAAGAGUCACAUGUGUGUCCACACAGGAGAGAAGCUGUUCACUUGUAGUGUUUGUACUAAAGGAUUUUCACAACAAAUUCAUCUUAAGAUUCACAUGCGCAUUCAUACCGGAGAAAAGCCGUUUACUUGUAGUGUUUGUUCCAAAGGAUUUUCACAAAACGAGACCUUAAAGAGACACAUGUGUGUUCACACAGGAGAAAAACCAUUUAUUUGUAGUGUUUGCAGUAAGGGAUUUUCACAAAAAGAGACACUAAAGAGACACAUGUGUGUUCACACUGGUGAAAAACCAUUCAUUUGUGGUCUUUGUUCUAAAGGAUUCUCACAACAAAUUCAUCUGAAAAGUCACAUGCGUGUUCACACAGGAGAGAAACCAUUUGUUUGUAGAGUUUGUGCUAAAGCAUUUUCAAAACAAGAGUCUCUAAAGAGACACGUGUGCUCACACAGAAGAUAAAUUGUGGUAAAGGAACAGGUUUUCCCUGUCAUACAAAUUUAUGUAAAGGGAAAGUGAAAAUAGUUGCCCUAAUAGGAAGAGCUGUUAAGUACAGUUGAUUUGAUUUGUACGGUUUUGCAAAUCAAUUCAAAUGGCCUCAUAGGCCAUAGAUUUAAUCCAUGAAAACUGCCAAAACAUCCUAGUGUCAGCCUGGCAUCUCAAAAGUAUACAUCCUUGGUGAGGUGUUGUGCUCAAAGAUCUCAAAAUCUUACAUGUAAAAGUUAAGUUUUCAUGGACCUGACAAGAAAUGUUGUGCUAUGUGAUAAUCUUAUUUUUGCUCAUUUACAAAUCCACAAAGUUGGUGGACAGAGUAUAUGGCAGUAUCUAAAAUUUUAGAUAAUGUUUAGUUGUGCAUUGUUUUACAUAUUUAUUGUUAUUUUUAUGUAUUAUUAUGUGUUUGACUUGACUCCAAAUAAUGCAUCUUAAUGUCUUUGUAAAGUUUGUAGAGUACUGUUGUUAUGCUAAAUGCUUCCACUCUCUCAAACUUGACUGGUGUUUUUAAAAGGAUACGAGAAAGGUCCAUUGCACAAAAGAAAUUUUUUUUUAAUAAAUUUUCAAGUUUAUUAGAAAUAAACUUGAAAAUUAAAGUUAAUUUAUUGUUCACAUUUGUUUAUCAGACAAAUACUCCACACUCCUCCACUUACGUUUUGGUUAUUGUUGUUUUGGAGAUAUGAUAAUUCAGUAAAUAAUUUAGUCCCACAACUGAUAUAAUGCAGAAAUAUUGAACACUUUCAAACUGAAGUUUGCAAUCAUCUAUGACAAUGCAUGAAAAGACACAAAUGAGGAAAUAAAAUGAGGAUAACGGGACAAUAUCUACAUUUAUUUGUAGUCCUGAGCUGUAAUUAUGUACUGUUAGAGUUCAAAAUAGUAAUCAUAGUGACUGUGGAAGUA